AAUUUUUUAACGUUUCGGACGCAAGUCGGCGCGAAUAACGAGAGUAAAGUUGUGGCUAGUGCAAAUCGGGACGGGACGAAAUGCGGCAGCAAAUAGCUUACUAAGUUAAUCAUAAUUAUAGUGUGAAAUAUGGCUUUGUAGCGCCACAAAGAUCUUAAUUCAGGAAAAUCCACCUGAAGUGCCGAAACAAAAGAACUUCGAGGAGACUUCGAGCUGCCCAUAGGAAUUUUCAAUUCCCCCUAGCCAGGCGCCUGUCAAAAAUAUAUGUUAAAUUUUUAAGUGAGACGAGCUAUUAGUAAAAAAACAAAGAAAACUGGCUACCAGCGAUAAACUGUCCACAUUUUUUGUGGCCAUGGACGAGGAGGAGGAGGAGGAGGUCACGGAUCUGAAGCUGCAAUUGUUCCACAAUACAGUACGCGAGCACAUUAUAUUUCUGCUACUGAUCAUCUUGCUGUACUUCAGCUCAUAUGUGGUUGUUUCACGUUUUCGGCGGCGAGAUCGUGACGAUCUCUAUUCGAAUGACGAGGACGAGGUGCUGGUGUAUCGCAUAAGCUUUUGGCUAUGCACAUUCACACUGGCCGUGGCCGAAGGGGCUGCCAUGUUGCUACCCGUUUCCAUCGCCAGCAACGAGGUGCUGCUCUUGUAUCCCAACAGCUACUAUGUGAAGUGGCUCAACAGCUCACUUAUACAGGGCCUGUGGAACCAUGUGUUUUUGUUCUCCAAUCUGUCGCUGUUCAUCUUCCUGCCAUUUGUUUAUUUGUUCUCCGAGUCCACGGGAUUCGUGGGUCAGAAAAAGGGCAUUCUGCCGCGCGUCUACGAAACCUUUACAGUAUUCAUGCUGAUGGCCAUUAUUGUCUUGGUACUAACAGCCGUUCUAAGUGCAGUUUUUGGCAUUGAGAAGUUCCAAUUCUUUUGGUUCCUAAAUUUGGGCAGUGUUCACCUGCCGUUCCUUUAUUCGUGUGUCUCUUUUCUGGGCGUGAUGCUUAUGCUGAUUUGCACCCCCUACGGUUUUGUGCGUUUGUUUGGCGUCGUCAAUCAGGUGCUGGUGCGACCAAUGCUGCUGCGCGACGUCAACGAGGAGUUCAGCGCCUUCUACAUGGAGGAGGCGAGCGUCAAGCGGAAGCUGGCCCACAUCGAGCUGCACAACGUGAGCAUCUCGGAUGCCGCCAACGGCGGUCGCAACGGUAUCGGAGCGGGUCGUGGACGCACGUUCUUGCCACAACCCCUGCUGCAGCAGUCGCAGGCACAUCUCUACCAGCGCAAGGCGAUGGCCAGCGAUGUGGGCGAGCUGAACGAAAGACUGAGAGAACUGGACUCCGAGCGCAAGGAGCUGGACAAGUUGCGCAAGUCGAGCACCUUCCAGCGCACCUUCGUCUAUCCGCUGGCGAUGCUGCUGCUGCUCUUCUGCACAGGCGUCACCAUUCUGCUGGUGGUGCAAAACACCCUCGAGCUGCUUAUCGGCAUCAAGGCGCUUCCACUAAGUACGAGGCAAUUUACGCUGGGCAUCUCGUCGCUCUCGAAGCUGGGACCCUUUGGCGCUGGCUUGGAGGUGUGUCUCAUCUUCUACUUGGGAGCCACCUCGGUGGUGGGCUUCUACAGCAUGCCGUUUAUGCGGAAUGUCUGCCCCAAGCGGCGCCAGACAUCGCUGCCACAGCUAAUGCUGAACUGUGGCUUCAUGCUGGUUUUGUCCUCGGCGCUGCCCUUGCUCAGCAGGAUCAUAGGCAUCACCAACUUUGACCUGCUGGGUGACUUUGGGGCCAUCGAGUGGCUGGGCAACUUCCAGAUUGUGCUGCUCUACAACCUGGUCUUCGGCACCACCACGGCCCUCUGUCUGGCCAACAAGUUUACGGCCACCGUGCGCCGGGAGCUUCGUGCCCGGUUAGUGGAGAACUAUGUGCUCUUUACUAACUACAUGAGCUUCAUCAACUGAUAUUGGCGCAAGCGACACGACAACGCGUUCUUCGUCCACCGCCACCUGGUGCGACGCCUUGUCGAGUCGCCGCUGAAGAGCCUAACUAGUUUCUAUACAAAGUAUCGUAAUCUUAGUCGUAAGCGCAGUCGCAAUACCACCGCUAGUCGCAAGGCAAACGAAAUGAACUGUUGAGGAAUAAGAGAAACAUGGGAGAUGGCAGCUGAAACUAUAUAAUAUACCUUUACAUAUGUUAUAUGAUCACCUUUAGUUGUGCAGAACUGAUACUAAUAUUUAAAUGUUGAGCUGUUCACUGUUGUGCUUAACUGUUGUACUCUAUACAGAGUCCUGAAAUGGGACCGCAUAUCACCGUGUCGGCACUUGUGUACCAAGAUAUAUGUACUCGCAAGUAUAUCGUCAAUAAUUACCCUGUAAAUAGAGAAUGUUAUAGAACAGCGUUAGCCACAGUCAACCGUUUGCAGUAGACGUAGGCUAAAUUUCGUGUAUUUCACCAAAUCUCCUGUCGUACAGAGUCGAGUGUUGAAUUCCAUUUCAUACAUGUUUCUAUGCUAUUUAUCCAUGUAGUUUUGAGUUAAUUUUAAGAGAUUUUAACAAUGUUCCUUAAGUAGCGCAUCGACUGAGGCGCCGUCAUUUCAUUUUACUGCAUACUCAAAACUGUAACCCAAUAUUCACACAAUCACACUUACAAGCGUCUAAAACUUAUGUGAUAAAAUAUAAUAAACAAAGCAUUUUACUAAAUUAAUCGA